GCACAGCCGCCGCACGGUAUGAAGCAUCUCGAAAGAACUGUCGUGAACUUUUGUGACCUCAAAUCCCUGCUCUCGAGAAAAUUCCUUCCGAGAGCCAAUCCGACUGAAAAUCCCCAAACACGGAUCAACCCUUACAAAACCCCACUACGGCCUCGAACCGAACCGGCUAAAAUCGACCUGAGAAGAACGGACUCGAGUGACGAAUUGACGACAGGAAGCACAGGAUCCGGCAGCAAGAUGUUCUUCUUCUUCGUAGGCGGCGUGGAGCAAGGGGCCGGGCGGGUCCUGAAGGAGGCGGCGGGGCGGUGCCUCCGGUGCGGCGGCGCGGCGGACCUGGUGGAGACGGAGAAGGUACUCAAGCUCUUCUUCGUCCCCGUCUGGCGGUGGCCCGGGAAGGACCCCGCCUACCUCUGCCGCGACUGCGGCCUCCUCGCGCCGGGCUCCCUCGGCGCGGAGCCGGGACCGGGACGCUCCUCGCUGCUGCUGCCCCGGGAGGCGAGGUGCGGCGCCUGCAGCCGCGCCGUCGAUCCGCAGUUCCGGUUCUGCCCCUUCUGCGGCUCCUCCCUCUGAAGAGAUUGCCGGUGGCGACUACAGAGCAGAGGUGACGACUGACGCCUGAGGUUUGCUCGUGUCGUGUGAAAACUAUAGUAUGUACUGUAUAUCAUCACAAAAUGGCAAACGAAAUAAAGGAAAUCAUCAGCACCGUUUCAUAUUUUUCUUUUUGUCACAUUGCCGAGUGGUUAGCUGCAUAGAAUUGCCGAGUGAUCAGUGGCUUCGAGUGUUGCACAUUUGUGUUUCAGUGUUUUGAGUCUGACAAA